AUGACCCUCACCAACUUCCUCGCUUUCAUCACAUUCGUCUUCUACCCCUGCAUGCCGCCUCGUCUUCUGCCAGCCGAGUACGGCUUCCUCGAUACCGUCCGCCAUGACGACGCACAGAGCGUCUGGAUGAGUGGCAAAUACGUUAACUCGCUUGCCGCAAUGCCGAGCAUGCACUUUGGGUACGCUUUCUGCAUCGGCUGCACCCUGAUCUACCACUCUGGCGUCUUCCGGCGGACCCUCGAAAGGGGCGAGUUCCGAAAGUCAACGUUCUGGAAAGGGUUCUACCUGCUGCUUGGCGUCGGGUAUCCGGCGAUGAUUCUUACCACUAUCGUUGCGACGGCGAAUCAUUACUACUUGGACGCGUGUGUGGCGACGUUCUACGUUGUGCUGAGCUUCUUUUGUAAUAAGAUUUUCUACGUCUUCCUCCCGCUAGAGGAUUGGUUCCUCUGGCUUGUCGGGGCGGAGAAGCCUACACCUUCUACUGGCGAGCGGUUUAGGGAACGCGGCGGUCGGAUAUGA